GCUGUGACACCGCAGGGUGGGGGGCUGAAGUUCUGGGGUGCAGAGCACUUCCUCCCUCCUCCUGGCCCCGCCCUGCAAGUUGAUCCCUGUUCCCUGGGGUGGCCAGGCCAGGCGAGCCAGACCAGAGCUUGGCCAGGGGCUCCGCUGUUCCAGGCCCUUUCCGACUGCAGAGGAAGCCCCAGGCCUCCCCCUCCUCGUCUCCUACGCCUGAGAUCACUCUUUUCCCUGCCACCAAACUGUAGGGGAGCAAAGUAUCAGAAAGUACAAGCAAAAGUGGUAAUUCUCUGGUGUUACCCUUUUCUUGUCUGACGCAUCUUAUCAGUAACAGCCUUCAAGCAACCACCCUCUCCCAUCUCCCCGCAGCCGCUCCCGCAGCCGGGCACCUGACAAGGGGCCUGCAGGGGACCUUCGGGCUCUAUCCCUCUGGGAUCCGCCCUCGUUCCCACAGUGGAGCCCGGCCAGCCUGGUCAUACUGAUGGGUGCUGCAGGCCCCCUGUGGCGCGUCCCUCCUCCUCUGCACCGUUCUCCCAGGGUCCCCUGCGUACCAUUUCAUGUCCAUCCCGUCCCUGCAUGUCACGCUGCCCUGUUGCCCCUCAGCCAUUUCCCUGUCAAGGAGACAUUCUAGUGGUUUCCAGCCUGUCUGCCCCAAGUGAGCAUUACAUGCCCAGGGCGCCCUGUUUUCCUUCUCACUGUCUUCUCUAGCCAGUCCCAGAAGUGGGGUGACUGCAGCCUCGAAAAUUCCCCCUCACUCCUUCAGAUGAGGAGGGGCCCCUGCGAGUCCUUGGUCUGUUCAAAGCUCCCACAAGCCAGAAGCAGCAGCAAAGUCACAGUGCGUCUGGGUGCCAGGCGACACCCCUGCAGCCCCAGCCAGAAAAGCAGCAGCAUGAACCUGAGGCACAGGGCUGCCCACUGGCCCCCAGCCAACCUUAGAGCCCCUCCUUCCCUCGGCGUGUGUGCGCGCGUGUAGGGGGGCUCUCACCUUGCCUCUCAGAUGACUUCGUGACAGACUUACUUGCUGUAACUUGCUCUUUUUUCCCCUUAAAACAUUGAGAAGUUUCUGUCUUCCAAUUUUUGUCAACAUCAUGUGGGGCCCAAGAGGCUGUCUGCUACUGGCCCUGGCAGCCUCACACACCCAGGUAACCCACCCCAUGGCCACAUACCCCCCAGGUACCUUCCAGAAUUCCUCAGACCAGGAAGGGACCGCCUCGGGCCCCAUGCUGGGUCUGUAGAGCGGCCUGCCUUCCAAAACAGUCCUUAACCCACACCUGCCCCAGAUCGUGUUUGAUGAGUGUCACAAGGCGAAGAACGCCAGCUCCACCAAGAUGGGCAAGGCCGUGCUGGACUUGCAGAACAAGCUGCCCCUGGCCAGGGUGGUCUACGCCAGCGCCACAGGUGCCUCUGAGCCCAGGAACAUGAUCUACAUGAGCCGCCUGGGCAUCUGGGGCGAGGGGACGCCCUUCCGGACCUUCGAGGAGUUUCUGCAUGCCAUCGAGAAGAGGGGUGUGGGCGCCAUGGAGAUCGUGGCCAUGGACAUGAAGGUCAGCGGCAUGUACAUCGCACGCCAGCUCAGCUUCUCUGGUGUCACCUUCCGCAUCGAGGAGAUCCCGCUGGCCCCGGCCUUUGAGCGCAUCUACAACCGGGCGGCUCUGCUGUGGGCCGAGGCCCUGGGCGUGUUCCAGCAGGCAGCCGACUGGAUCGGCUUGGAGUCUCGCAAGUCCCUGUGGGGUCAGUUCUGGUCAGCCCACCAGCGAUUCUUCAAGUACCUGUGUGUUGCCGCCAAGGUGUGCCGGCUGGUGGAGCUGGCCCAGGAGGAGCUGGCCCGGGACAAGUGCGUGGUCAUCGGGCUGCAGUCUACGGGUGAGGCGCGGACUCGGGAGGUGCUGGAUGAGAAAGAGGGGCAACUUGACGGCUUCGUCUCCGCCGCUGAGGGCGUCUUCCUGUCACUAAUCCAGAAGCACUUUCCCUCAACGAAGAGAAAGCGGGAGAGAGGAGCAGGCAGUAAGAGGAAACGGCGGCCACGGGGCCGCGGAGCCAAGGCACCCAGGCUGGCGUGCGAGGUGGCAGGCGUGAUCCGGAUCAGUGAUGACAGCAGCACGGAGUCGGACGGCGGCCUGGACAGCGACUUCCACUCCUCCCCCGAGUCCCUGAUGGAUGACGACGUGGUCAUCGUGGACACCAUCGGGCUUCCAGUUGAUGACCGCGGCCCGCUGUGCCUCCCACAGCGAGACCUGCAUGGCCCUGGCGUCCUGGAGCGGGUUGAGCGGCUGAAGCAGGACCUGCUGGCCAAGGUGCGGGCGCUGGGUCGGGAGCUGCCUGUCAACACCCUGGACGAGCUCAUUGACCAGCUGGGGGGCCCAGAGAGGGUGGCAGAGAUGACCGGCAGGAAGGGCCGCGUGGUGUCCAGGCCUGAUGGGACAGUGGCCUUCGAGUCACGGGCAGAGCAGGGCCUCUCCAUCGACCACGUGAACCUCAGGGAGAAGGAACGGUUCAUGAACGGCGAGAAGCUCGUGGCCAUCAUCUCAGAGGCCUCCAGCUCCGGUGUCUCCCUCCAAGCUGACCGCCGGGUCCAGAACCAGCGGCGCCGGGUCCACAUAACGCUUGAGCUUCCCUGGAGUGCUGACCGCGCCAUCCAGCAGUUCGGCAGGACCCACCGGUCCAACCAGGUCUCUGCACCCGAGUACAUCUUCCUCAUCUCAGAGCUGGCUGGGGAGCGCAGGUUUGCCUCCAUUGUGGCCAAGCGGCUGGAGAGCCUGGGGGCAUUGACCCACGGAGACCGCCGAGCCACCGAGUCCCGGGACUUGAGCAAGUACAACUUUGAGAACAAGUACGGCGCCCGGGCCCUCAGCUGCGUCCUCACCACCAUCCUUAGCCAGACCGAGAGCAAGGUGCCGCUGCCCCAGGGCUACCCGGGAGGGGACGCCGCCUUCUUCCGCGACAUGAAGCAGGGGCUGCUGUCGGUUGGCAUCGGAGGGCGCGAGUCCAGGUCCGGCUGCCUGGAUGUGGAGAAGGACUGCUCCAUCACCAAGUUCCUGAACCGUAUCCUGGGGCUGGAAGUGCACAAGCAGAACGCGCUGUUCCAGUACUUCUCCGACACCUUCGACCACCUCAUCGCGGUGGACAAGAAGGAGGGCAAAUAUGACAUGGGCAUCCUGGACCUGGCUCCCGGCAUCGACGAGAUCUACGAGGAGAGCCAGCAGGUGUUCCUGGCCCCCGGGCACCCACAGGACGGGCAGGUGGUCUUCUACAAGAUCAGCGUGGACCGCGGCCUGAAGUGGGAGGAGGCGUAUGCCAGGUCUCUGGAGCUGACAGGCACCCACGACGGCUUCUACCUCUCCUACAAGGUCCGUGACAACAAGCCCAGCUGCCUGCUGGCCCAGCAGAACCGCGGCAAGCUCUUCACCGUGUAUAAGCCCAACAUCGGGCGGCAGAGCCAGCUGGAGACGUUCGACAGCCUGUGCCGGAAGUUCCACCGGGUGACAGCGGAGGAGGCCAGGGAGCACUGGGAGAGCAGCUACACCUUCUCGCUGACGCACUGCAGCCACACCACGUGGAACCGGCACUGCCGGCUGGCGCAGCAGGGUAAGGACUGCGCGCAGGGCCUGCGGCUGCGCCACCACUACAUGCUGUGCGGGGCCCUGCUGCGCGUGUGGGGCCGCAUCGCCGCCGUCAUGGCCGACGUCACCAGCAGCAGCUACCUGCAGAUCGUACGUCUCAAGACCAAGGACAAGAAGAAGCAAGUUGGCAUCAAGAUCCCCGAGGGCUGCGUGCACCGGGUGCUGCAGGAGCUGCAGCUCAUGGACGCCGACGUGAAGCGCAAGCAGGCGCGCAGCCGUGGGCUUCCCCCUCCACCGGCCGCCCUGCGCCCGCUUGCAAUGCCCUGCGGCCCCAGCGAGGUCCUAGACCUCACCUACAGCCCACCCGCCCAGGCCUUCCCUCUACCCUCGCCGUUCACCUUCCCACCGCCGCCGCCGGUCCCCGGCCCCGGUGGCCUGCUGCUGGGCGCUCCGGACGCCCCUGAGGCCCCGACUGACCCUGCAGCCCUCCUGCACCAGGGCUGUGACAUCAACUUCAAGGAGGUGCUGGAGGACAUGCUGCGCUCCCUCAACGCUGUGCCACCCGCCGAACCCCCUGGCCCGCUGGGGGCUGGUGCCGGGGCCCCGGGCGCUCCUGGAGGCGGUGGGGGCCCUGAGCGGCAGAGCGUCAUCCAGUUCAGCCCCCCAUUCCCAAACUCCUAGGCGCCGCCGGGCAUCCUUCCCAGACAGGACUGUAAGAACAUGCCACACCUACACCAAGGAAGCGGGUGGCCAUCAGGCUGGGUUCCCCUGCCGACUACUGAGAGGACUGGGGGCCAGGGUGCCCUCAUCCAGCCCACCAAGGCCCCCACUGCAGUGCCUUCCCGCCGAUGCCUGGGCAGUCCCCCAAGAUGCUGCCAGCCCUGGGGGGCCCCUCUGAGGCCCUGCCUGGUGGGGCAGUGGCUGCAAGCAGGUCCCACUCAGGAGAUUCCGGGUCCAGAGGCCCAGGAAGGGCCUGGGGGUGGGGGCCCUCCUCCCUCUCUGUGCCUCGGUCCUCUACUGCCCCCUCCAGGCCUGGGUUGGGGCUCCUGCCCCACCCACCUUACAGGGCCUAGUCAGGCCUGAACCCCUAUAAUCCACAAAACUGGGUGGCCCCAAGAGCUGGAAACUCAGGAAACCCCAGGUGCUCAGGGCCCCACUGUCUCUAGGGGGGCUCCAUGGGGCAGAUCCCCCCAUUAAUAUAUGCAAUUCCCUCUCCCUGCUCUCUGUUCCCUAAAUUAUUACCCAGCCACCUCUCCCAGGUUCCGGACUCCUGUGGAGCUGGUGGGUGGCCCCCUGGUUUCUAUGUGUAUUUAUAAUGAAUUCAAGUGUAUAUAUGUAAAGAGAUCUUUUUUAAAUAUAUGUGCAUUUUCACUACUU